AUGAAGUUCACUUACUUUCUCGGGGUGCUGGUCUACGGCCUCGGCCUGGAAGCCAGAAGAGUCCCAGCCCCUGGGGCCGUUGCCCGACAGUGGGGUGACGGUGACGAUGACGAGGGAGAAGAAGGGGGCAAUGAUGGCGGCGAAGGAGAAGGAGAUAUUUGCGAAUGGACGGACCACUGCCUUGGUGACCCCUGCAAGACCGAAAUUGACUGCGACGGCGACCUCACCUGCCUUGCCGGGUCCUGUGCCGACCCUGACGCCGUAGAACCCACUCCCACCGUCGGGAUUCCAACUCCGAUCAUUAUUACAACCACCAUCUAUGUCACGGCUUCCCCAACAAUACCGGCCAACCCCGAUUGUGAAUGGACGGGCCACUGCGCGGGUGAUCCAUGCCAGACAGAGAACGACUGUGAUGGCGAUAUGACUUGUCACUCGGGCACUUGCGGCGAUGGGCCCGUAACCCUAGUCACCAGCACUCGUCGCAUUGUUACAAGCACCCGCCGAGUGACAGUCCCACCUAGGCCUACAACUACCCGCCGAGCCACAGUCCCACCCAGGCCUACGACUACUCGCCGAAUGACCGUUCCGCCCAGGCCCACGACUACUCGCCGAGUAACAGUCCCGCCUAGGCCUACGACUACCCGCCGGGUCACAGUCUCUCCGACACCUCGCUCGACAGUUCGCCCCCCGAUGACCUCAGCUCAAGCAAGCCCAAGACCCCCGUGUGCUGAGGGCCCGCUUGCUUGCAUUGGCAACAGCUGCGAAACUGACGCCGACUGUGGUGGCUCCUUGAUCAUUUGCAAAAACGGGACUUGUGGGCUGUGA